CGGACACUACGUCCAUGUUUUUAUACAGAAUAUGCUCUGGGGCUGGGCGGACAGGAGGAAUAGGCCGUUUCUUUCUUUGAAUUCAACUGAUUACUGUACUUACUCAAGAGGGGUCAUGCCGAGUAUGUAGAGGAAGAAGAGUUUGUUGGAGUUUUCUGCCAAAGCAUCUUAAGUCUCCAUCAAACAGAUCAUCUAAAGGCAGGGAACCUGCCAUCAGGAUCUGAAAUAGCCUUUAUAUGCAUAUAAACAGAGACCUGAAGUACCUCUCAGUGAACAGGAAUGCAAGUACCGGGAUCUAAUUCAUUAUUUAAUGUGAAGUUGUAAAGAAAGAAAUAGCUUCAUGAAAUCUGAGGGUGAAACAUUUUCCUUCACUUUGAUGGACUAAAAUGGAUUAAAUAAUCCUUGUUUGCAUUUUAUAUGGACAUGUUAUUGCUGAGGACCAUUAUAUCCACCAUUGCUGCCAUCAUCGCUACUAAUUUUGAACUUUGCUUCUGUGGAUGUGCCCGUGCUGAAUAUGAUAUAGAUGGAGAAUGCUGCCCCAUGUGUGCCCCUGGGAACCGUGUUUAUUGGCAUUGUACUAUAGACACAAGUACAACAUGUGUUCCUUGUCCUGUAUCAACUUACACAGAUGAAUCCAGUGGACUCACAAAAUGUUUUUCCUGCACUGUGUGUGAUACAGUCCAACACUUAAAAUUGAAAAAGGCCUGUACACGCUCUGCAGAUACAAUUUGUGAGCCUAAGGAAGGAUUCCAUUGCAUUAAACUAAAUAAAGACUCCUGUGCAUUAGCAGUGGAACACACUGAAUGUAAACCUGGACAAUAUAUUAAACAAACAGGAACACCAUUUACAGAUACCGUAUGUGCUGGCUGCACAGAUGGAACUUAUUCAAAUGGCUCUCUGAUGGCCUGCCUACCACAUUCAAAAUGUGAGACUAUGGGACUUACAGAAAUAAAAGCAGGAACAACAUCCUCUAAUGCUGAAUGUGAGAAAGUGACUUCAGUUGGUCUUAUAGUUGGAGUCACAAUUACAGUUCUUGUAGCUGUAGCUGUGACAUUAUUAGCAUGCAUCAUAUACAGAAAACAUAAAGCAAGGCACUCUAACGAAAGUGUCUGUUACACCCCACAACAAGCAACUGAGGAUGAUGAAUCGAAAUGGUAGACUCAGUUGGACCUACUUUGAUAAACCAGUAUUAACAGGUAAGAGCCAAAAGCUGAUCAAUAGGAUCUUUAUAUUAUAGUAUAGUAUAGUAUAUUAUAUAAGAGUGGUCACAUGAAACCUGUUGUGUAGUUCUUCCUUUGAAAAAGUGCUUUCUAGUAAAGGUCCUGACAUUUCAGAAUCUAUGACCCAGAAUCUCCAAAUGACAACCAUUUAUUUUUCAGCACUGAUUUUUCUUAAA